GCGCUCUUGAUGGGUGGCAUGGCCCAGCACGUGAGGAUCAGCAUGCCCUACUUGGUGCCCAACGAAGCCACGAUGCAACAUAUGCUCGACCGACUUCAGGAACAGGGCGCCUCUGCGUCCAGCGAUGGCACGGUGGUGAUCGAGCUCACCCAGAUUCCCCUGGGGCCCGUCCGCCGCGGUGGCGCCAAGAGCAAGAGCAAGCCCGCUGGCCCGACAAGUUUCGGUAUCAACGGCUUGGUUGGCGACAUCAGUCGCCGCCAGAGUACAACUACCGAGGCCGCGGAGGAGAAGAAGCAGCUGGGCCCCGAGGAGCGCAAGGCACUUGCUAGAGCUAAGGCAGCUGCGAAGGCUUUCAAG